AUGGCGCGACUCUCCUCUCCAUUUAUUCUCCUCGUGAUAUCGGCGCUCGCCGUUCUUAACGGCGGCGGAUGCGCCGCGCGGGUCGUGCCCCGCUCGGGCAGGUACACCGCGAUUAUCGCCUCCCCAGCAUUUCCAGAAGAAGGGACCUCAGGUGAGGCUGGAACGCACAAACACUGCAGAACCACGAAGGCGACGUUCCUCGCCGGCGAGCGCGUGAUCUCCCCGCGUCCACACGAGCAGCUGGAUGUGCGCAACGACCUCCCGACGCACGUGUUUUGGGGCGACGUCGACGGCGUCAACUACCUCACCGAGACGCGGAAUCAGCACAUCCCGCAAUACUGCGGCAGCUGUUGGGCCAUGGGAACCACCGCGUCGUUGUCCGAUCGCAUCAAAAUCGCUCGCAACGCCACGUUCCCAGAGGUUAUACUCGCUCCGCAGGUGCUCAUCAACUGCAGGGCGGGUGGUAGCUGCGAGGGAGGAGAUCCUGCGCAGGUUUACGAGUACAUCGCGGCUCACGGGAUCCCCGACGAGACGUGCCAGGCGUACGAGGCGAGAGACGGAAAGUGCAAGCCGAUGGGCAUCUGCGAGGACUGUGCACCAGGCCAGCCACCCCAGCCGUUCCUUCCUGGGACGUGUAAACCCGUGAAAAGGUACAAACGGUGGACGCUCUCCGAAUACGGCCACGUGCACGGGGGGUUGGAUGUCGACGCCGUGGGGUGGCCGGUGUCGAACGCGGAUAAGAUGAAAGCAGAGCUCGCGACGCGCGGUCCGAUUGCGUGCGGCAUUCACGUCACCGACAAGUUCUACAGCGACUAUAAGGGUGGAAUAUACGCGGAAUCCCACUUGCUAAAUUUCAUGAACCACGAGCUCGCAGUUGUGGGUUAUGGCGUGGAUGAAGCGAGCGGCGAGGAAUAUUGGAUUGGUCGGAACUCUUGGGGCACGUAUUGGGGAGAAUCUGGCUUUUUCCGCAUCAAGAUGCAUCACCAGAACCUCGGCAUUGAGAGUGACUGCACUUUUGGAGUUCCCGUCGCCGAGCCCGAAGAGCGUGAGCCCGAGGAGCUCGUGACCGAUGGAGUUAAAGACGAGCCCUCCGCCGCCAACCAAAAAAACAUACUGUUCUCCAUCAAUGCGUUCGUGAAGAAAGGAACUUAUCAUGAUUACGAUCGUCCAUGCAGACUGUCCCCUCCAUCCAAAGAGGUACGCGAGCUAGUGCGUACCGUCCGUCCGCACGAAGCCCCAGAUUAUGACAAGACAAAGAUUCCCAGCAGCUGGGAUAUUCGUGACGUCGACGGCGUCAAUCUUGCCACAAUCAACCGGAAUCAGCACAUUCCACAAUACUGCGGCUCGUGCUGGGCGCACGGCACCACGUCGUCCAUGGCAGAUCGCAUCAACUUGAUGCGCGGCGGGAAAUUCCCUGAGAUUGACUUAGCACCGCAAGUCCUUGUGGACUGCGUUAGCGGUGGAGGUACGGAUGGGUGUAACGGAGGGGAUCCGACCAGCGCUCACGUGUGGAUCGCAGCGAACGGCGUCCCUGAAGAGACGUGCCAGAAUUACCAGGCAAAAAAGAACGAAUGCGACGACUUUCACUUUUGCCAGGAUUGCGACCCGGUGAAAGGGUGUUUCGCCAAAACACCCCCAGCCAAUCGCGUAUACAGGAUACAGGAACACGGCCAGGUCACUGGUGAGGAAGCCAUGAUGGCUGAAAUAUUCGCGCGAGGUCCAAUCGCGUGUGGGUUGUGCGUCACCGAGGAGUUCGAGGCUUACAAGGGAGGGAUUUUCACUGACGCCACCGGUUGUAAGGACCAGGACCACGAAAUAUCCAUCGCUGGCUUUGGCGAGGAUGAGGAGGGUAACAAGUAUUGGGUCGGCCGCAACAGCUGGGGGACGUUCUGGGGGGAGGAUGGGUGGUUCCGCUUGCAGCGAGGAGUUAACGCCCUGGGCAUCGAGGAUGCAUGCGAUUGGGCAGUGCCUAUGAUGCCGGAGGAGCCUCAGGGUCUCUUCACUCGGGUCUGA